AUGGGAGUACACGUGGAUGAAAGAAUAAAUAUCGGUGGCCGUGGGAUUUACACAUUUCGUGCUCAAGGUGCAUUAUAUCAUAAGAUUGGUGGACUUUUACCACAUGAAGGAAAUAGACCGCGAUUUUUACAAGCUUAUAUAUAUGACACUGAGCAUGAAGUUGAAAACCGAAUGUGUGAAAGUGAAGUUUUAGAUAGAUGUGUGGUUGAAAAGAUACAACAGAUGUUGAACAACCAUAAUCCUUUUGUUCAUACAUUGCGAAGCCUCAGACAACGCCAAGAUUUGCCGAAUUGCAAGUUGAUCCUAAAAGAGCAACCAAUAGAUCGGCGUCAGUAUAGUCUACCAUCAGCAUCACAAGUUGCAGCAAUUAUAAUAGAUGGAGAUGAUGCCACCAUUGCAAAUGGAAGGGAUAUCGUGGUGGAGACAAUUAGUGGAAGACUUUCUCACGUCCGAGACUAUGUCGGAUUUUAUGAUCCGUUACAGUAUCCACUAUUGCUACCUUACGGUACAUAUGGUUGGGAUGUUAAUAGUCGUGAUGAUGGUGGAAGAGCAAUAACAUGUUGCGACUAUUAUGAUAUGUUACAGAUACGCCAUAAUGGAUCAUCACUUUUGCUUCGAGGUGGGCAUCUCUUGCAACAAUAUGCUGUAGAUAACUACAUUAAAAUUGAAUCACAAAAACUUCGAUGGCUGCGUUCUAAUCAAGCCACAGUUAGAGCGGAUCUCUAUAAAGGACUUGAAGACUCUUUAAAUGCAGGUCAACACAAUGCAGGUAGCAUUGGGCGUAGAAUUAUUUUACCAUCAUCAUUUGUUGGAAGCCCACGUGACAUGUACCAACGAUAUCAAGAUGCAAUGACUUUGGUUCAAAGAUUCGGAAAGCCAGAUCUUUUUAUUACCAUGACAUGUAACCCAAGUUGGGAAGAAAUCAAAAGUGAAUUACUCGCUGGACAAACUCCACAAGAUCGUCCUGACUUACUCACUAGAGUAUUUCGUGCAAAACUUGAGCAACUAAAAGAAGACAUCAUUGAAAAGGGUGUACUGGGCAGUAUUGUUGCCUACACAUACGUUAUUGAGUUUCAGAAACGUGGUCUUCCACAUGUGCAUAUGUUGGUGGUGUUAGAUGAAAAUGAUAAGAUCAAUAACCCAGAUGAGUAUGACCGAAUUGUUAGAGCUGAAAUACCAAACGAAGACGUAGAGCCUCAACUUUACAAUGUGGUGUUAAAGCAUAUGAUUCAUGGCUCGUGUGGGAUUCAUAAUCCUCAAUCUCCAUGUAUGAAAAAUGGGAGCUGUAAAAGAAAGUAUCCCAAACCAUUUGCACCAGUCACUGUUCAAGGGAAUGAUUCGUAUCCAAUUUAUCAAAGGCGAGGAAAUCGAUUGCCCGUCUCUCUUGAUCGACAAGGAAACAUAAUGGUUGAUAAUAGUUGGGUCAUUCCAUAUAAUCCAUGGUUGCUGUUAAGGUAUGAUUGUCACAUCAAUGUUGAAAUUUGUGCAAGCAUAAAAAGUGUCAAGUACUUAUAUAAGUAUGUUUACAAAGGCCCAGAUAGAGUGACAGUCGAAGUGCAAUCAGACCCUGAAUACGAUGAAAUAAAGCAGUUUCAGGAUGCAAGAUGGGUUUGCGCACCAGAGGCAUUAUGGAAGAUAUUCAAGUUCAUUAUUAAUCGAAUUUACCCAUCUGUUGAGCGAUUGCAAAUACAUCUUCCUAAUAUGCACCAAGUUCAGUUUCGUGCCGACGAGAGCAUAAUAAAUAUUCUACAUGAUGAGAGUACAAGAAAGACAAUGUUAACUGAAUUUUUUACACUUAAUCAUGUGGAUGCAGAAGCGCGACGGUACUUAUACAUGGAAAUCCCAUCACAUUACAGAUGGAUUCAAGCUCAAAGAAAGUGGUCUAAAAGAAUGAAUCGUUACAAGGUUAUUGGACGAAUAUAUGCAGUUUCACCUGCUGAAGGUGAAAAUUUUUACCUUCGGAUUCUUCUUAAUCAUGUUAGAGGACCAACAUCUUUCACAAACUUGAGAACAGUUAAUGGGGUUUUGCAUCCAACAUUUAAGCAGGCAGCAGAACAACGAGGUUUGUUAGAAAGAGAUGACAGUAUUCGACAAUGUUUGGUAGAGGCCUCCACAAUUCAGAUGCCGUCGGCUUUAAGAAGAUUAUUCGUCACCAUAUUGGUAUAUUGUGCACCCAUUGGUGUUCGAGGGUUAUGGGAUGAGUUCUAUCCAUUCAUGAUAGAAGAUUAUGUUUCCAUGACUAACAUAACUCCCACACUUGCUACCAACAGACUCUUGCGUGAGUUGAACAUACUUUUGGUUCAAUUUAAUAAGAGUACAAACGAGUUUGAUUUGCCCCAAAUGACAAGAGGAAAUGAAUCAAGUUCAGGAAUGACAAGAUGCAUUGAAGAUGAGAUAUCCAUAGGUAUUCCACAACAAGAUCUUGAUGCAAUUGAACGUUUAAAUGAUGACCAAAGAAGUGCGUUUAACAUAAUAAUGGGUGCAGUCAACGAUCAGAGAAUGCAACUUUUUUUUGUGGAUGGUCCCGGUGGAACUGGAAAAACUUACUUAUAUCGCGCAUUGUUAGCAAGCUUGAGAAGGUUGGGGCACAUAGUAUUAGCAACAACAUCAUCUGGAAUAGCAGCUACGAUAUUGCCUGGUGGGAGGACAGCACAUUCUAAAUUCAAGAUACCACUUAGUCUUGAUGCAUCAUCGAUGUGUUCGAUUGGUAAGCAAUCUGAUUUAGCAAAGCUAAUACAAAAGGCAAAGGCAAUUAUCUGGGAUGAAGCAACAAUGACGCAUUGUCAUGCAUUUGAAGCACUCGAUCGAACGUUCAGAGACCUAAUAGAUAUUGACUUACCAUUUGGGGGGAAAAUAAUGAUAUUUGGGGGAGAUUUCCGACAAGUUCUUCCUGUUAUCCGGAAAGGAACCAAGUCUGAACUAAUCCAAGCAAGUGUUGUUAAGGCAUCAUUUUGGUCACAGGUAAAGAUUUUAAAACUCAAACAAAACAUGAGAUCCAUAAAUGAUCGUGAAUUUUCAGAAUUUUUACUUCGUGUUGGUGAUGGGAGUGAAGAUGUUAUUAUGGAUGAUAUGGUAAAACUACCUGAAUGCAUGGUGAUACCAUGGGAGAGUGAGCAUUCCAUUAAUCAAUUAAUUGCCAAAAUCUUCCCUGACUUACAGGAUCAUAUGAAUGAUGCAACCUACAUGGUGGAAAGGGCAGUGGUAAGCAUAACAAAUGAAGAUGUAAAUGAAAAGAUAAUCAAUAUGUUUCCAGGUUUAGAAGAGACAAUGUAUUCAUUUGAUUCAGUUGAGGAUGAUGAAAGGAAUUUGUAUCAGCCAGAGUUCUUGAAUUCAAUCUCACUUGGUGGUUUGCCUCCGCACAAGUUAACUCUGAAAAGAGGUGCUCCAAUCAUGCUUUUAAGGAAUAUUGAUCCGAAAUUGGGAUUGUGUAAUGGUACAAGAUUAUUGUGUCGUGGUUCUUACCGAAAUCUUAUUGAUGCUGAAAUUCUGACUGGACAAUUUGCCGGAUCCAGAGUUUUCUUACCAAGAAUCCCUCUCAAAAGUACUGAUACUGCUGGGCUUCCAUUUGAACUUACAAGAAAGCAGUUUCUAGUGAAACUAAGUUUCUCUAUCACUAUAAACAAAUCUCAAGGUCAGACAAUACCACAUGUAGGCGUUUACCUUCCAGAUCACGUCUUCAGUCAUGGACAAUUAUAUGUGGCUUUAUCGAGGGGGGUCUCAAAGUCAACCACAACUGUGUUAGUAAAAAAUGGCUCCAUAGUCGGCCAACAAGGUGUAUUUACACGGAAUGUAGUAUACAAAGAAGUCUUGCUUCAUUCCAGCUAAUUAUGGU